GCGGCGGCAUGGAGGCGGCCGGGGACCCGCCGCCCGCUGCUGCUGCCGCCCACCCCGGGGCCGCCGAGGAGCCGUACGGGGCCGCCGCCACCGCCGCCCCUGUCCCUCGUCGCCGGCUGCUGGCGCUGCUCGGGGCCAAGCUCUGCACCUGGCAUAUUUUGAAAACAAUAAUUCUGGGCCAGAUGCUCUCCUUGUUUAUCUGUGGGACUGCUGUUACAAGCCAGUAUCUAGCAGAAAAAUACCAAGUGAAUACUCCAAUGUUUCAAAGUUUUAUCAACUAUUCUUUGCUGCUCCUAGUUUAUACACCAAUGCUGGCACUUAGGACUGGCAGUGACAGUCUUUGGCAAAUUUUGAAACAGCGGUGGUGGAAGUAUUUUUUUUUGGGACUGGCUGAUGUUGAAGCCAAUUACAUGAUUGUAAAAGCCUACCAGUACACGACCCUCACAAGUGUGCAGCUGCUGGACUGCUUCGGGAUUCCGGUGCUGAUGGCUUUGUCGUGGUUCGUUCUCCGUGCAAGAUACCGGCUGAUCCAUUUUCUUGCUGUGGCCGUCUGUUUGCUGGGUGUAGGAACAAUGGUGGGUGCAGACAUUUUGGCAGGGAGGCCGGACAGCGAAGGUAGUGACGUGGUGAUUGGAGAUGUCUUAGUGCUUCUUGGUGCUUCUUUGUAUGCCAUUUCUAAUGUGAGUGAGGAAUACAUUGUGAAAAAUCUGAGCAGAGUGGAGUUUCUAGGAAUGGUGGGCUUGUUUGGGACUAUUAUCAGCGGUCUACAGCUAGCCAUUGUGGAACAUAGGGAGAUAAUGAGAAUUCAAUGGAACUGGAAAAUUGCACUGCUGUUUACAGCCUUUGCCCUGUGUAUGUUUGGGCUGUAUAGCUUCAUGCCAGUAGUGAUUAAAGUUACCAGCGCAACCUCGGUCAACCUGGGUAUUCUGACUGCGGAUCUCUACAGUCUGUUCUUUGGGCUUUUCCUUUUUUACUAUAAGUUUUCAGGUCUUUAUAUCCUGUCCUUCAUUAUCAUCAUGGUGGGCUUCACCUUGUAUUGCUCCACUCCAACUCGGACAGCAGAACCCACCGCCUUGCCACAGCCCGGCAGCACCGGCUUGGACAACGCUGCACUGAAGCUGGAGGAGAACGACAGUGAAGCUCCGGCCGUAACUGUACAGUUCACAAGAGGAGAGACUGUGGUGGUCAGCACCGAUUAAAGAAAUGGCAGCACUUCAAAAUAGAGCUUUUUUUUUUUUUUUUUAACUGCCAAAUUUCCCUCAAAUAUUAAUCUGGAGAAUUGUUCUACUGCCGAGGCAUAUGUCAUGCUGCGCUGGUUUUAAUGCACUGGAUAGACUUUUGAGGCCAGACCCUCAAUCAGUGAAACUGUAUUGAUUUACCCUUGCAGAAAAUCUGGCCCUUAGAAGAAGAGAGAGUAGUAUUUAUAUGGAGUCUCUGGGCAGUGAGAGACUGUUCUUUUUAAAUGCUUAAUUAACUUAACAGCAAAUGCUUGGGGAAAAAAACUAAGCCAAAGCAUGCUCUCAGGUCACUAACUGGGGCAAAUAUGUUUUAUAUUGCAUUAGGGAACCAAAUCUGCAAGAUGCUAUCAGAGGGCUUUGUGGUUCCCACCCUGCAGUGCUGGGUACCCUCAGAUAGCACCUUGCAAAAGCUUCUCACGGGGUCUAGUUCUGCAACCUGUGUUACGCACAUACACCUUCCAUGUGCUGAGGGACUUCAUUCCUCCACUGGAGGAUUUGCUCCUGACAUUCCACCCAGGUGUUCAUCUCUUCAUAUUGCUGCACUCCCUGGUGCAGCUGGGGUUGCUAAAAGUAUUUUGUUUCGAAUUUUUCUAGUACGGGAAGUUUGAAUCUGGUUUUUUUGUAAUACCUUUUUUUUCUCUCUCAAUGACGUGUUGUUUGGUGCAUUCCCACUAGGUGGAGGGUAUUUUUUCUGGAUGAGACAGCAGGAGGAUUUAAACUGAAGUUUACUUCUCAGUGAAUUUCCCCUUGAAACGGGACAUAUUUCUGCAGAAAGAUUUGAAUAAAAUUGGCAUUUCUUAAAAAAAAAAAAAGGAAACAUUUUAGCCAAUCCUCAUUGCAACAAUAAUGGUGUCAUCUCCAAAAGGUUAAGUAGAUUCAGUAGAUUCAUUGGCACUUUUCCUCCCCCUCUUCAUGUUUCCAGUAAAUGAUUAAAAAAUAUGAGGCUGCAGUUUUAACAUCAGUAAAACCAUACUGGGAUUUUAUUUUUUUUAUUUUUUUGUACAAGCCUUCAUAGCUCAGGUGUAUGAAGUAACAAAAGAAUAAAGUUUUCAGCAGCUGAA